AACCGGACGGGGACACGGCCGUUCAGUCGUUCCCGCGCCUUACCGUCGUCCGCGUCCGUGCGAGAUCCGCCCGUCCGUCCGGUGUUUCGCGUUUUCUCGUCGCUGCCCUGCGCACCCCGUACGCUCGCGUUCAUCCCGUGUCAAACUCUCGGCUUCCCGCGCAGCGAUGGUGAUGGGUUAAAGGGCUCUCGUUGUUGUUCUUACCGUUUUCCCCUCGACCUAUCCCUACCGGAAAUGUGCGUGCGCUACAAUUACCAUUGCUGUCGCAGACCACCGGCCCCGCGGCAAACGAUCGCGGCGUCCGUACGGCUCGUCCAGUGAUUCGUACGACCGGUGUUCGGACCGCGUGACCACCGUACAAUGGAUACGAGCGACGCGGACCGAUAAGAUGCGGCGCAACACGUGUGGCCUUUGGUGCGCGUUGCUCGUGCUGCUGCAGGCCGUGCCCGUACCGGUGCACGGCUCCCAAACGAUCAAAGACGAUUUGAUGGUUGUGAUGCCGACUAGUACGCCAGCAGACGACGUGCGAUCGGUGGUGGCCGAUCAUCGUCGUCAACGUAAUGUGACUCGGUUGGUUGGAGCCCUGAGAAGAGCGUCAUCGAUUCCGGCGGGGUUGUUGACUGCUUCAGAAGCGCCCGAAAAUUCGGAUUCUUCGAUGUCUCGAGUUAAGAAAAAAAUUAAACAUAAACGGACAUGGGACGAGCCCGAAGCCCAAUCGUCCGAGGUUUAUAAUGCUACGUCUAAGAGACCGGAUCGAAUCAAGACGCGUAGGCGGCUGAUACCGUCAUCGAGCACGGCGAGAGCGCAUCGGACAGCUGCAGUGGUGCAGGAGGAUCCGUAUUACGAUUUCGGGAAGAAAAUCAAGCACACCUCUUCGUCCACAAUAGGGCUUAACGUGCUUCAGGAUUUGGAAAUGAGAACAUCGGUUAGGUCGCCGAUCGUCGUCGUAUCCACGACUGAAGAAGACGGUCCAAAAAGCGAUGCAGUGACGGCGACGAUGGACGUAGCUCAAGACAAAUCGACCAUCGAACGGAGUAGCCAAACCCCUAGACCGACUAGAAUGCCGCCGAGUAGGGUUCACGGUUCGAUGGCUGGCAGCAGUGGGCCAAGACGACCCGAGAACCUGCAGCAGACCGCGGAAUGCGUGUACCCAAGGUUCACCAGGAGGAACAAAUCGCGUUCGCAAAGGGACGUAACGGUGAGGUGUCUGCCUGCGGAACCCGAUGCCAGGACGACCAGGAUACUUUCGACGGUCGUCACUUCCGUGUCGUCCGUAAAGGGGAAUCACCAAAAGAAAAACGACACUCUUGACCGUCCUGCUGCAGGGUCGACCACGGGUAACGAAAAUAAUAACGCGACCGACGUCUAUCAUCCGGCCGUCGUACAUAAUUCCGGCAUCUCCAUACCGACCACAGUCCGUCCGGAACCGAUAAUGAUGACCACGGGACACCCGAAGUACCUGCGGAGUCGGUACAAGAACAUUUCACUACCCGAGUACUUGGAAAUCACAAAAGUGAACCAAAAACGGUUGAACAGCAGUAGCAGCAGCAGCACCACCACCACGGAGCAUGCAACCCGGCCGAUCUCGACCGAAGUGACGACGUCAGAAAGCGCAUCUUCGUCGUUUCUUCUGCCGACCGAGAACAUAACCACUACGGCGGAAACGCAGGACACCUCAACCAUCCACGCCGCCAGCGAUGGCAAAUCUCCGACCUAUCCUUCGCCGCCCAACGACUUGCAGGAUUUCGUGUACCUGAGCAACGGUACGUCCACGGAAACGCCACCAGACACCAUCACCACCGCUGCAGAUAACGGCGUAGCCGUCGAGGCAAGACAGCGGAGGCCGGUCCUGACGAGGAACAUUACCCGCGGGCUCUCGACCGCCGAACACGACGUGGGCGUGGUGUACCCUGAGGGGUUGGCUUCGUCCACGUACUUAUUGACUUUUCUGGCCAUCGUGCCGUUGGUGCUAGUGAUCGCGUUCGCGUUCAAGUUGGCCAUCCAGCGGAAGAAGAAGAAAGUGUUCGACAGUUCCGAAUACUCGUCCGAGUACAACCGCAGCCCGCUGGACUUCAACACCAUCACAUCGUCGCCGAUCACCACGAAACUUCCCAGGGUGCCGCAACACAUUGUCUGGGAUGCGGAAAAAACGUCGGUCGCGAUGCCAUUGCCACUGCCACCGCCACCACCGUCGCUGCAGGUACCGCCAAGUAAUAGCCGGUGGGAGUUCCCUCGAGAAAAGCUACGUCUCCAGACGAUUUUGGGCCAGGGCAACUUUGGUCAGGUGUGGAAAGCCGAGGCUGACGAUAUAAGCGGGCACGAGGGCCUCACCAGACUCGUAGCCGUGAAAAUGGUUAAAGAGGACGCGGCUUCUAGAGAAAGAGAAGAUCUGAUCAGAGAGCUCAGUAUUAUGCAACAUCUCGGGUCACAUCCUAGCGUCGUCACGUUGUUAGGAUGCUGUACGGAGAAAGAACCUUACUUGCUGAUCAUGGAGUAUGUCAUGUAUGGCAAACUAUUGGCGUUCCUCAGAGAUCGACGGACACGAUCGCAUUAUUUUAAUUUUAGCGAUUCGACUUCUUCGCUCACGUCUAGAGAUCUGACCGUGUUUGCUUAUUGCGUAGCGAGAGGAAUGGAUUUUCUGGUCUCGAAAAAAAUAGUACACAGGGACUUGGCGGCGAGAAAUGUAUUGGUCGAUCAUAAUAAACUAUGCAAAAUAGCAGAUUUCGGUAUGUCUCGCAACGUACGUGACACAAACCAAAUUUACGAACAAAGACAUACCAAGGGUGCUUUACCUAUCCGUUGGAUGGCACCAGAGUCAUUGCAUUAUAGUAUAUUCACAUACAAGACUGACGUUUGGAGCUUCGGUGUACUAAUGUGGGAGAUUGUUACUCUAGGUUCGACUCCCUACUGCACGAUGGGCGCGCGGGAAGUGAUGCGACGCGUGCGGGAAGGCUACAGACUCGACAAGCCGGCGCACUGCCGGUCCGAACUGUUCAGGGUGAUCACCAAGUGCUGGGCUGCCGACCCGUCGAAAAGGCCCACGUUCGCCGAUCUGAAACAAGAGCUAGGCGCACUUUUAGAGAACCCCGAGUUCGAGGGCAGCUACGUGGACCUGGAGAGCCUCGUCGACGAGUCGGACGCCAACGUGAAAGACCGACAGUAGCGGGAAUCUACGAUCGCACGCUACGGUGGAUUUGUUCGUGUGAAAAAUAAAUAUAUUGAUUUUUAGAUUUUAACAGUUUAUUAUUAUUAUAAUUAUUAUUAUUUUAUAUAAAUGUAUAAUUUUAUUUCAUUAUUAGACUCUUCGUUUUUAGUUUAUGCGACGUAUUCAAGUAGUUCUAUACCUAAAACGAAAUGUUGUUGGCGGCAAAUAUGUGUACACAAUAUGUAUUUGUCCGUUUGAGGUGUACUUGUGUGUUGAUUCAUUGCGAAUUGUUACGAUCGGCUUAAAUGCGACUUGAAUCUUAUUUAUUAUACACAUUUAUUAUAUAGUAUUAAAAAUGUAUAAUUGGUUACUUAGAGUAUAUUAUAAUGAAGCAGAAAAGAACUGAUAUAUUUGAAGCAACAUAAUCAAUAAGCUUUAUUGAAAUAAAAUGUAUUUCUCUAUUUUAUUUAUGUUGGUACAUGUAUAGUCAUAUUA